UUCUGAAUAUGGCCGCAAAAGAGGAGCAGGAGGAGAAGCCCAGCUGCUUACUGCCGGGGCCAGAGCUGUUGGCCCUGCCCAACUUCGACUAUCAACGUGCCAGCAUCACCUCGGCGGCGCUAAGUGAUGUGCCCAGUGAUGUGAUUAUCAAAUCCCGGAUCAGAUAUGGCAGUCGUCUGUCCGCAUGCAAGGGCCUGCUGCUGGAGUACUCCAAGAGCACCACCAUCCACGGCAUUCGCUACAUAUUCGAGGUGCAUCGCCCCAUAUACGAGAAAUUGUACUGGCUGGUGCUGACCUGCACCUCAGUGUACUUUGCAGCGUCGCUCAUUUGGGCCACCUACCUGAAGUGGCAGGACUCGCCGGUCAUACUGGGCUUUGACGAGACGCUGGUGCCAGUGCAUAAGAUACCCUUCCCCACAAUCACCAUAUGCCCGGAAAUUAAAAUGGAGCGCGAAUUUUUCGAUUACGCGAACGUCUCCCAAAAGAUCUGGCAGGAGUACAAAGACGGCAAUGACUUUUCCAGCAUUGAUGAAGCAGACUUGGAGCGCAUGGCUGCCGCCAUUCACCUUUGUGACGCGGAUGUGGUUUCGAGGUUUGUGCCGAUUCUGUCAAAGCUGCAUAGCCAGCAAGCGCAGGAUGUGACCGAGACUUUGGUGGAUCUGAGCAUAUCGAAGAAUGUUACGAGUCCGUUUUGCCGCUGGAGUGGCCGUUUCUACUUUUGCUACAAGAUAUUUGACUUUGUGGCCACGGACGAGGGCAUUUGCUACCAGUUCAAUGGUCUGCGACCCAAGGAUAUUUAUCGCGAUGAGCGUUUCCUCAGCUAUGUGGAUCCGGACGUAGUCGACUUUCAAAACUACUUUGACACUGGUUUGCCCAAACUAAAUGAGAUUCGAGGCAACUGGUCGCUGGCCACGGGCUAUGUGGAUCAGGGCCAGAAUGCGUAUCCACAGCGCACUGUGGCUUCAUCGGUAAGCAAAGGGUUCUUUGCCGUCUUGCAGGGCCUGGAGCACAACUACGACUACGAUUGCCGCAGCUUUAAGCAGGGCUACAAGGUGUUUCUCAACUCUCCAGAGAGCGUGCCGCUCACCAACAAUUAUAUACUGGUGCCCCAUGGCCAUGAAGUCAUGGUUAGCGUGCUGCCCAACUAUGUCGUGUCUACGGAUAAUUUACACGAAAUUUCCGCUCAAAAGCGCCAGUGCUUCUUCGAUGAUGAGCGGUAUCUUCGGUUUUUCCGUAGCUAUUCGCAGAGCAAUUGUCAGACCGAGUGCCUGGCCAACUUUACAAUAACGAAGUGCGGCUGUGUCAAGUUUUGGAUGCCCAAGCCCUUCGAUGUGCCGGUUUGCGGACUGGAGAAGAUCGCCUGCUACACUGCCGCACAGGAUGAGCUCAAUGCCAUGCUGCAGAAUCAGACAAUACAGCAGAACAUCGAUCACAAUGCCAAGGUCAUGUGCAAUUGCAUGCCCGCAUGCACCUCCUUGGAAUACAACUUUGAGAUCUCGCGUGCUUUCUAUGAUCUGGAAAAGACAUUAGUCGCCUUUCGCGAAGAUUACGAGCACAAGGAUGCGGUGGCCUCUCGUUUGACCGUCUACUUCAAGGAGCAUCAGUUUACGGCGAUUAAGCGCACGAUUCUCUUUGGCGUCUCCACGUUGAUCUCCAAUUGUGGCGGCAUCUUCGGCUUGUUUAUGGGCAUCUCCAGCCUCAGCUUCAUCGAGCUCGUCUACUUCUUCUCGAUGCGCAUCUGCGGCAGCUGCAGCCAGCGGCGCAAACGCAAAGUCAUGAUAGUCCCAAAGGAGCAGGAUGAAGUGCCCAUUGACCCAUGA